GCGCUAUAGCCUGUUGUGGGGCUGCAUGGACUGGCGCAAGCUGUUCUACCCUUUUAUUUUGUUCUAUUUAUUUAUUUUUUAAGUCCAAACCGACUUUUAAAAAUUAAUUCGACUUAAUUUUUCUCUCUCUCCCUCUCUCUCUGUUUUUUUUUUUAAUUUAAUAUUUUCGUAAAAAAUUCUGACUAACCGUACCUAAUAAAAAAAUAUUAAACGAAACCUUCCUUUCUCCAAAUCGGGCUACGGCACGAAUUCCUCUUCGGACUGCAGUUCUCAUUUUCCCAGCUCAAGCCUCCAUGCUCGUACCGAUAACCGCAGCAGCCCUCCCCCCUGUUCUUCGCCGGCCAUCGCACCUCGCGGGUUCACCCUUUUGCUGUCCUCCCAUCGCUGGUCGCGACCCUUCCGCUCACCCCCUUCCGCCCAUCAAGGCAUCAACCACAGCGAUCUGCUUGUCGAGUCGUCGCCGCACCCCUAACGGUGACUGCAGGGGCAUGGGACGACGAUGGAGCGUAGGGACGAUCGCAGCGGCGGCGGCGGCGGCAGGUGUGGCAAUCGUUGGGAUAUGGAUGCAGUACGGAGGGAGAUGGGGAUGGGACAAGGACGCCGCUCUACACCUCUUUCAGGAAUUAUCUGAGGGGUUGGGAUGCUGGGCAAUCCCGCUUUACGUGGGUAUCCACACCGUAAGUCUCGCUCUCUGCUUGCCUUACGCCGUCUUCUUCGAGGCUGGAGCUUCUCUGCUAUUCGGCUUCUUUCCUGCUCUCCUCUGCGUCUUCGCUGCGAAGGUCCUCGGGGCUUCGUUCUCCUUCUGGAUCGGCAGGCUAGUGUUUAAAAGUUCAAAUUUAGCAAUGAAAUGGGCUCAGAGAAACAAGUACUUCCAAUUGCUCUCCAAAGGAGUUGAACGCGAUGGCUGGAGAUUUGUCCUCCUUGCCCGCUUUUCGCCUGUACCUUCCUAUGUCAUCAAUUAUGCCCUCGCAGCUACUGAAGUUGGGUUUCUUGUUGAUUUCCUGCUGCCAACAGUUAUUGGAUGCCUGCCAAUGAUCUUACAGAACACAUCCAUUGGCAGCCUUGCUGGUGCGGCUGUGGCUUCCCCACCUGGAUCUGCUAAAUCUCAGAUUUGGUCCUACCUUUUCCCUCUGCUUGGAAUUGUAUCAAGCAUUCUAAUAUCCCUGAGAAUUAAGAAGUACUCUGCUGAAAUCUUGGUGACUGAAUCCUGCCCUGGCCCUGGUGAGGAUAGUCGCAUCUGUAAUAAAAACACUGGCUCAUCCGAAACAUUGUCUGGUAGGUAAGGAGUGUUGCUCCGCAAGGAAAGUCAAUAUUUGUUUCAUUGUGACUAAUCUUUUUGUUUGAUUUUUACAUCCAUCAUGUCCUGUUGUCAGUUAUGUGAUGAAUAUCCCUGUUAUAACUGAUGAAUAUCUCCCUGCUCUCGGUCU